AUGCUUAUUCUUCUUGCAACUUAUGGAGCGGGUCUGUACAAUUACAACGACUGGACCUACUACCCUAUCGUCAUGAAUGCGAUCGUGCCCAUAAUUGGAAUCGCAUUCUCACUCAUCGUCGUCCGAAUGGGCCUUGGCAUAACAACGGAGAUGCACCUUCGAAUGCAGGAGACCAGGCAUCCUAUCGCGAGGAGCGCAGGGCCCAACUCGAUCGCAAACUCAAUUAUGCUGUUUGCACAGGGCUCGUCGACAAACACUGAAGAAGCCGAAUCGAAGACAAACUUUUGA